CACAGAUGCACUCCCUGUGGGCGCUGGCGUCCUUUCCCCCUGAGACUCGGCGACUAUUCGCUGUGGAUGGUGGGGGCGUACUUCUCCAGGCCCAUUUGCUUCCUUUUUCCCCCUCCUUCCCCUUCCAUUCGCUCGCCUGCGCCCGGAUUGCUUUAAAGCAUCGCCGAAAGCCAGGGGGAGAGAGACCGAGAAAGCGAAAGCGAGCGAAGUGGAGAGCUCCGAGAAGCCGCCAUGGGUUUCUCCUCUGGGUGAAGGGCGAGAGAGCUGCGUCUUGGGUUCUUCGAGACCGCGUCGAUGGAGCCGAAGCGACUCCAGAGCAGCAAAGAGAAGAAGAUCAGAAGAAAGGAGUUGGAAGUUUCGAUUUUGAGGUGGUAGCGGGCUGAGUUCGAUUGAUGGACUUGGGGUUUUGAGAUUGAAAGCUGAUGAUUUAUAUCCAUAAGUAUGCUUACUGAUUCAUAUGGAAUAGUCCUUGAUAUCAUCUAGACCUGGCAUAUGACUUGGCCUGCAGAUAAGCUUAAUUCAUGGAGUUUGGUGGAAGCUGGUGGGUCAAAUUCUGUGGGUUUUAGGGUGUUGGAGAAGAAAAAGGCAAUUGACGAAAUUAUAAAAAAGGCAUCAUCAGUAAAGGAUCAUCUAGCUUCCUUCCCACCCUUCUGUCACUAUGACAGAAAUGGUCUUUCAGUCUACCUGGAGUCAGGAUCUGGAGAGCAACUUUCCUCUCCAGUAAAGAAAUACAUUCAAAAUCUUCUUAAGGUCAAUAUGGAGGGGCCAUAUGGUUCAGAAUGGCCUAUGGAAGAGAGAGUGAAGCGGAGGGAAAUGGUUGCGCCUGAAGCACAGUAUAUAUUUGUACGAGAGUCGCCAAAUGCAGCUCUUGAUGGGAAUUCUUUAAGGGCAGAUGAGAAAACGACUUCUGCUGGUUGGACCGGUCAUGGAGAUCGUCUUGUGGGUUUUGUGCAUUACCGAUUUAUUGUUGAGGAAGACAUACCUGUUGUUUAUGUUUAUGAACUACAGCUGGAGUCUUGUGCACAAGGGAAGGGAUUAGGGAAGUUUUUAAUGCAACUAAUUGAGCUUAUUGCUCACAAGAAUCACAUGGGAGCUGUGAUGCUGACAGUACAGAAGGCUAAUGUACCGGCCAUGAAUUUCUAUACUAAUAAACUAAGAUACAUAAUUUCAACAAUUUCACCAUCACGAGUGGAUCCAUUGAUAGGUGCUGAGAAAAACUAUGAGAUACUGUGCAAAACAUUUGAUGCUGAGGCCAAAGCCAAAUUGGAGGUGGUUGCCAUCAUGAGUGACAAACAGAUUAGGCUAUUCAAGUUAUGAUCCAAACUCAUGGUUACUCGUAAGAUGAGGGGCUGGAAAUUCAGAUGGGCAUGGUGUGAGGGAAAAUAAAGGUCAACUACCUUGAGGUUCAUUGGAUCCCCCCCCCCCUCCUUUUCAUUGGAAGUCAGGAAAACGAGAUGACGAGAUGAAGUUCUGCUCAUCCGUUUCAAAGUUGCCAGAACAACAUUAGAUUUAUUACUAGAAGUUGGGAGAGACACAAUGGUCAAAGAUAUCAUUACAACUUUUUUUCACAUCUUAUUCUUUCUUCCUUGGGCUAAAUUUUGUUUGUAGAGGUCAGUGGCCCAAUAAUAUAAUAGAAAGUAGUCACCUUUAUCUAUCCUAAUGUUACACUUAGUCCCAAUGAAAAAGAAGAAAAAUAGAUGGUUGGAUAUGAUAUAUUAAGAUGGAAUAGGCCUUAUGCACAUGCUUUCUGUGUGCAUGAUUUCAAUCAUUCUAGACAUUCUUUUUGUUUCAUGAGAACCUACAAGAGUAUUCAUAAAAAAUAAAAUCACUUGCAAAGAA